UAUUUUAUUUUGUAUAUCGUACAGUUUAAUUAUUUUUAUACAUAAAUUUACUGAUUUUUUUUUUUAAACAAAAUGAAAUCGACUUUACUUUCAUGUUUUGUAUUGAUCUUAAGUUUUUCAUUUCUGCGUGAAGUUAGUGGAAUUCAAUGCUAUCAAUGUUCCACAAGCAGUGACUCCAAGGGAUCAGAUAAUUGUGGUGCAUAUGAAAAAUUCCACAAGGAUCGUCACAUCCCUGUAGAAUGUACCAGUGAUGAAUCUCAUACACCCGGUACAUUUUGUGUUAAAGUCACAAAACAAGGCCUCAGAGGAUUUAUAUGGGAUGGUCGUUGGAGGAAUGUAAUUCGUCGUUGUGGUUCAGUGUCAGAUACUGGAGUAACUGGUGUGUGCAAUUGGGGAGUUGAAUGGAAUGGAGUAUACUGGGAAGAAUGUUAUUGUUCAGAGGAUAACUGUAAUUCAUCCACUAACAUUACACCAUUUUCUGUUGUAAUAACUAUAUUGUGUUCAUUAAUUGCUAUGUAUAUAAUAAGACAAUGAUCUUCAUUUAUUCUUUAA